GAUUAAUUUAUUUAUUUAAUUGUUUAAUUACUACAGUCAAUACAGGCAAGAUGUGUCAGAAGUUCACAGUGCUAACUCUAGCUUACAUCGCUAUCUUCGUAACCGUAGUGAAGUGCGAAGAUGGAGCAUCGACCCCCAAUGUUGUGGAUUUCCUGACUAAAGACAUGAACGUCGGCCGUACGUUCGGUCACAAUGCGUUGAAGAGGCUCUCGUUCAUCUUCCUGCCUGUCAUGUUCACGCUGGGUGUUAUCUCCACGCUGCUGAUGGCCCUCGCCGUCAUCUCCGUCAAGAACCUCGCCAUCGGCGUCAUGCUGCUCAUCGUGUCCGUCAGUCAGGCGGUGUCACGGUUGUUUACCACGGCUGCUGCGCCGGCGCCACUCCUCCUGCACCCGCGAGCUGAGUUCCUUCCCGCGCCGGUUGCUGCCGCCCCCUGGCCUGCGCCCGCGCCGGUCCUGUCCCCCUGGGCGCGCUCCGACAAUGACGCUACGAUCGACUAAAACUAACACAUAAUUUGCCCUCACAAAGACGAAAUAGACCUAAAUAUACUUGUUUAGAUCUAGUAAGUAUACUUAGAAGGAAUUUGAACACGUAGCUCUUGUCAGGUCACGAAAAGCGUGUUGAACCUACGUCACAGAGUCCUCGUCCAUUCCUUUUUGUGAGGGUUAUGUGCUAUAAAGUUUAAGAAGACACAUUGAUCCUCAACUAAAAGGACUACUUAUAUUAACGCGUCUAACAGGGGGAUUAAAAUGGCGACAUCGAAGCAAUUCAUCUAAGAAAGCAAUAUUGCAUUUUGACAUUUGUUUGCAUUGUGCACAUGUCAAAUUGCGAUACUGCUUUUUUAGAUGAAUUGCUUCAUGUGGCCUUUUUAACCCCCAGAAGUUGCAAUCAACAAUAUUUCAUAAAUUAUAUAUUGAACGACCGAUAUAUCAUUCUAGGACUAUCUUUGGCCAGACAGACUACUUUUACAGAUUACUUAUCUACUAAAUAGCUAGAAUGCUGAGUUUGUUAAAGACACUAUGUCGGUAAGUUUUUUUAUAUAAACGCAAAGUCUACCUGCUCUAAGCUCUCUGCUUUAUCUCAACAGGACAAGGCUAACAAUACACGUGCAGUAUUUCUCAAAUCAAUGCAAUCAUACAACAAAAUACGGAAGGAAGUUUAAGUUUCCUUCAAGGUGAAAUUAUUGUCAAGUAUCCGCACUUGA